CUUUUUUGGGUAGAGUUAAAAGAGGAGGUGGGAGGAGUUGGUUUUUUUCCUGAGCAACUCUCAAGAGCUCUUUCUCCUUUGUAUUUCAUUUCUCUGCUGCAAUAAGGAAGAGACUGUCUUGACAUCCAUGUGCAGUGGUUCCAAGAGGAAUCCUUCUUCCACUGAUACGAUCAUGGAGCGUGAGAAACAAGAAGGGACGCGGUUUAACUUUUCGAUUUUGCUUGAACUAGCCGCCUGCGAUGAUCAUGAAGGGUUCAAAAGGGCUGUAGAGGAAGAGGGUCUUGAUGUUGAUGAGGCGAGCUAUUGGUGUGGGAGGCUGAUUGGCUCGAAGAAGUUGGGGUUUGAGGAGAGGACUCCCCUCAUGGUCGCCGCUAUGUUCGGUAGCAUGAACGUGUUGAAUUAUAUUCUUCAAUCCUGUCUUGUUGAUGUUAAUAAAGCCUGCGGUUCAGAUAGAGCUACAGCUCUUCAUUGUGCUGUUGCUGGUGGCUCUGCUGCUUCGGCUGAGGUUGUCAAGCUCUUGCUUGCUGCUUCUGCUGAUGCGAGUUCUCUUGAUGCUAAUGGAAACCAACCAGGUGACUUGAUCGCACCUGCUUAUAGUUCGAGCUUCGGUUCGAGGAAGAAAGCUUUGGAGGUCAUGCUCAAGGGUGUUCCCAGUAUUGAUGAACCUUUCGACUUCUCGGAGCAAAUGAUUAAUGAGACAGAAGGGCAAGAACAGCAAGAGAUGACAACUCCUCGUGCUUCGAAGGAUGGAACAGAGAAGAAAGAGUAUCCUGUUGAUCUUUCUCUUCCGGACAUCAAGAACGGGAUUUAUAGCACGGAUGAGUUCAGAAUGUAUACUUUCAAGGUCAAGCCGUGCUCAAGGGCCUACUCUCAUGACUGGACAGAGUGUCCGUUCGUCCACCCGGGGGAAAAUGCAAGGCGGCGUGAUCCAAGGAAACAUUACAGCUGUGUUCCUUGCCCGGAGUUCAGAAAGGGGACCUGCAGACAGGGAGAUGCUUGUGAAUAUGCACAUGGUAUUUUUGAAUGUUGGCUUCACCCUGCCCAGUACCGUACCCGUCUUUGCAAGGAUGAGACGGGAUGCACAAGAAGGGUCUGUUUCUUUGCUCACAAGCCAGAAGAGCUUCGCCCCUUGUAUGCUUCGACAGGUUCUGCUGUGCCUUCUCCGAGAUCAUUCUCAGCCACUGCUGCUUCUCUGGACAUGGGGUCAAUUACCCCGCUUUCCCUCAACUCUCCAUCCAUGAUGAUUCCUCCUGAUUCAACUCCGCCCAUGACUCCCACAGGACCUUCUUCUCCUAUGGGUGGAAACAUGUGGCAGAACAAUCCAAACUUUGCACCCCCCACUUUGCAGCUUCCAGGUAGCAGAUUGAAAUCUACUCUGAGUGCUAGAGAUAUGGAUUUUGAGAUCGAGAUGCUUAGCCUGGAGAGGGAUCGUCGAAGGCAGCAACGCUUGAUUGAUGAGAUGUCCGGUUCCCCAUCUAGCUGGAACAAAGGCUUAUCUCCUGCAUCGCCCUUUUCUGCAUCUGGGAAUCGAACAGGGGAAUUGAAUACCUUCGGAGUAGUGAACCCUACUAACCUUGACGACAUUUUUGGAUCUCUUGAUCCUGCAAUUUUGCCUCAAUUUAAUGGCCUUUCACGGGAUGCAACAGCAUCCCAGUUACAUUCUCCAACUGGGAUCCAGAUGCGCCAAAAUAUGAACCUGCAGGCCCGUCCCAGCUACUCUGCCAGCCUCUCAUCCUCUCCUGUACGGGCUUCUCCGAUGUUUGGAGUUGAUGCAUCUAGUGCAGCUGCUGUUUUUAAUUCAAGGUCUGCUGCAUUUGCAAAGAGGAGUCAGAGCUUCAUUGAGCGUAGUGCUGGCAACCGUAAUUCUGUGGUUUCUUCCUCUGCUGAUUUUGGAACAAUAAAGCCCUCUAACCUUUCAGAUUGGGGCUCUCCUGGUGGCAAAUUAGACUGGGGUAUCCAGGGCGAAGAGCUGAACAAGCUGAGGAAAUCUGCUUCUUUUGGAUUCCGAAGCAACGGGAGCAGUUCCCCAACAGCUUCAUCCAUGAUGCCAACAAAUGGUGAUGAGCCUGACGUAUCAUGGGUUCAAUCUCUUGUCAAGGAUGGACCUCAAGCCUCGCAACAACGCGGGCAAUUUGGAUUCGAGGACCAGCAGCAGCAGCAGUGUCACCCUAACAACGGAGGUCCAGAGAUGCUCCCCGCUUGGGUGGAGCAGCUUUACUUUGAGCAGGAGCAGAUGGUGGCUUAAAUCGACAAAUCCCCGGAUUGCUCCUUUCGUUGACGUUUAACUAUAUUUUUUUCCUGCCAUUUUUUAAAUUUUUAUUGUAUUCAUCAAUUAAGGUUGAAGGAACCGGAGAAGAGAGGAAAUAACCCGACGGAAAAGAAAGAUGAGUCUGCAGAAUGCAAGUUCUAGUCUGCAGAAUGCAAGUUCUGCACAGAGUGUUUCCUUUGAAUUAGUUCGUCUUCAUUGUAGUUUCCAUGUGAAUCUCGAACAGAAAAAUGCUGAAAAAAUUGAGAGAUUUCCAUGUUAAUCAUAAUUAUCAAGUUAAUUAUUAUGUUUUUGGUCGGUUGUAUACCUUAUAUGUAUGACCAGCUCUUACAAUGAUGAAUUAUUCAUAAAUUCAGGAUA